UCUUCGUACACGCCAUUCGAAAAGUUGAGCAAAAGGUCACAACAUGCCGGGCAUUGGCGAAUCAGCAAGGCAUCUUGGAGCAAUUCAAGUAUUUGGUUCUUGUCCGAGUAGAAAAAUUCGGCUGUGAGAUGACUAAUUCAAAAAAGACGUGAAAAGUAGUAGUUGUUAAGCAAAAAGUGUAAAAAUAAUGGAUAUGGAAGAGGAACACACGACGACGAUGCACGGGGAAGACCUCGACGACUUGAUCCAAUACGAGGAAGUCGAAUACGAGUACGAAGAAGUCGGCGACGAGGACUAUCAGAUAGAGACAAACAUGGAAGAGGAGCAUUUGGAGUACGAAGAAGAGCCAGAAACGAUCCCCAAGGUCGUUCAUAUUCAGCAACAGAGUCCAGCGCGACAACAAAUCGUCAGAAAUGCUCAAGGUCAAAUAAUGAUUGUUCAAAGUGCGCCGCAACCAGUUUCCAUUAAAAUCGAGUCCCAGCCACAAUCGGGCGGCAUUCAAAUCGUGCGUAAAAGUGCUCCGCAAGUCGUUUCGACGCCGCAACAACGCGUCGUUACGCAAAUAAUUUCGCCUCAGGCAUCGAGCAGUGCGAAAUAUGUCUUGAAACAAUCCGGCGGGCAGCAAUAUUUCGUCGCUGCGAAGGAUGAACCCAUGGAAACGACCACAAUAACGCGUCAAUACGUUCCGCAAAAUCGCGGAAAUGUAACAAUUACUCGUACAACAAACGCUGGCAACCAAAGUUCUCCGACAAUUCUCAACAGUAAAGUUGUGCAAAAGCCUGCGCCGCCUCAAAUAACCGUAAAACAGAUCCGUUCGCCGCCUCUUGCUACACAAACAAGAACAAUCUUGAACAAAUCUGCAAGUCCGAAUGCUCAGCGAGUGCUUUUGAAUCAACAAUCGAGCAGCGGAACACUGCAAGCCGUGAAUAUUCCCGGAAAAGGCGUUCAAUAUGUUCGAGUUUUGAACUCGCAAGCACCUUCGAAUGUCGCUAUUCAACCACGAACGAUCCAAAGUAGUCCGAAAAAGAUUAUUAACUCGACUUUGUCGCCGACGAACGCAGGAGCGAAUCGAGUUUUGGUUCCCGGGAAGACAAGCGGGACAUAUACACUUGUUCAAGCUGGCGGAUCUCAAGUGAGACAAGAUCGAGUGUUGCAGCGACCUGUUCAAACCGUCGUCAAACGUGAACAUUCAUCGCCGCAAAAGCUGAUCGCAGUAGUUAAAAAGGAAAAAGAUCCUUCAAAAAUGACGCCACAAAAGUCUGGAGAAAAGGUCACAAGAACAACAGUUCUGACAACAAGUCAAUUGAAUCAACUCAAGGGCGUAAAUAUCAUCCCGGGAAGCAAUAGUAAGACGAAAAUUGUCAUGUUGCCGUCGGAUUACAUGGAACAGUUGAGAGAAUUGCAAGCGAAACAACCUGAUAAGAAGUUGAUGCCACGUACGAUUAUCACGACAAAUUCCGCUCGUAAAAUUAAACGAGAAAAGUUUGAGGAUGAAGAAGGAAACAAAAAACGUCGUUGCAACUGCACAAAGUCCCAAUGCCUGAAAUUGUACUGCGAUUGUUUCGCAGCGGGCGAAUUCUGCGGCGAUUGUAACUGCAAAGACUGCUUUAACACUGUCGACCACGAGGAUGAUCGUCAAAAAGCUGUCCGACAAUGCUUAGAACGCAAUCCCUAUGCCUUCAAGCCAAAAAUUAAGGAUACUGAAACGCUGCGUCUUCAUCACAAAGGUUGCAAUUGCAAGAGAUCCGGUUGUUUGAAGAAUUAUUGCGAGUGUUACGAAGCAAAAGUCACGUGUUCUGGAAUUUGCAAGUGUAUCGGAUGUCAUAAUUUUGAUCCCGCCAUGGCUGAGGAGAAGGAAGCAGCUGAACGCGAGCUCCAACGUGAGAAACAAGCGAUGAAACGAGCGGCACACGAGCAAAAUGACAAAAAUGCCGCUAACAACAAGCAUCCGUUCAAUUUUAUGACUCCCGAUGUCAUCGAGGCGACAGUCCAGUGUAUGAUUGCUCAAGCAGAGGAAUGCCAAAAACGCGAAAUGGACCCAACGACAUCGGAAAAGAUGAUUUUGGAGGAGUUUGGACGGUGUUUAGUGGAAAUUAUUGACUUUUCCACGAAAAAUGAGUAA